GCAGAGAGACCCGUGAAGUAAAAUGUGAGGCCAUGGAAGGUGGAGUAUUUUCGCUUCAUCUUUGGGUAUUCUGUAGCUCUUUUAGUUGACUAAAUGGCUAGACCUACCCUUAGUGCCGAUCUUGAGUUCCACAUUCUUCAUAAUUAUCCUUGGGUCAAGCUACCGUCGAACUUAAAGCAGGUAAAAUCAUGUUCAUCUUCUAUGCCUAAAAUGUAUGGCCAUGGUGCUUUAUCGUUGGUCUAAUAAUCUUUUUAGCCUUUCUUAAAUGGUGUUAACUGAAGAAUGAAUGUGAAAGAAUUGCUCUUGAGAAAAAGGAGAAAUACCUUUAUGAAUACUGCUCAUUGGCUUUCUCUUGUCUCAAUGGUUACGUGUACAGCGAUCAUACAUCAAUUUGAAAUGGAAAUUAAAAGUGGAUUUAUUUCUUAAAUAAGCUCAAUGUCGGCAUUUAGUGGCUAAAAUUCUCACAAUUGCCUUUUAUAUAUUUUAACGUAGUCGUUGGGUAACAGUCAAAAGGAGUGGGAAAAAUGUGUCUUCGACUACAGUGUACGAAACCAGCUGAGAUAUCGAGGAAAUAUUGGUGAGUGAAAUGUUUACUUUUGGUUUCCAAUUCUUACUUUCACAUUUUCAGCUUAAUUUCAAAAUGGUCCCUUAUAUUAAAAAAUAUUAAGUAGAAGCAAAUGUUUUUACUUUUCCUUUGCUACUAUGCAGCCAUAUCUCAAGGAAGCUAAAGGACUUAAAAGACGGUCGCUUUAAUAUUAUUAUUCACACGUCAGUAUAGUGUCAUCUUUACGAUUUGUGCUGACUAUACACUCCAGCUAUAAAUUGUUUAUAAUACAGAGUAUUUUAUUGUUUUAACAUCAAAAGUGUAAUUAACCAACUUGAAUCUAACAGUUUAUAGACAAUAAGGGGAUUGUUAUGUUUUUGUGCCUAUAGAUUUGUAACUGAAUGUUUUUAAUAAUCACUGGAACAUUUUUCCUUGGUAAUGCACAAGGAAAUAUCUCCUUGGAUUUGUGCCUUAGCUAAGGCUGUAUCUCUUAACUCUGAUUGACAUUAGCAAAAAAUAAUCUAUACACUAGAAGGUGCCUAAUUGGUAAGGGGAGUUAUGAGAAUGACAAGUAAAAUCAUUCCUGUGAGUUCUUUUGAUAUAUUGGCAACUUCUCCUCACUUCCUGUGUAAGAAACAUAUGGGCACAAGAGAGGAGAAUCUGUAUUUUGAUAUUAAAUAGAUAUCUGUUAAGUAGACAAUUACAAUUUCUACUGUGUAAUUGUAAAGGAAUGAGUUUUUUGCUAUAUUCUCUGUGACCUAAUGCAGCAAAAAUGGCGUAAAUUUCAAAUAUAUUAUGUAGAAAUUAUAAAGAAGAUUGAUUUUGAAAAUCUUGAAUAAACUGAGUAUCAAUAAUUAAAAAGCAGAGUAAUUCCUAUGCUUUAAAGAUUAAGUACUGCAAAUGUGUUCUUGACAACAGAUUAUUUGAAAUACUAUUGUUAUAUAUUUUUUGUCACUGUCAAAACUCAGGGUCUUUAAAAAUAAAGACUGCAUUAAGAAAACAGCCAGAAUUUUGCUACACCACCACUGGUUUUCCCGUCUGAGGAACAAGUGAAGAAAUUCUCUACUAAUGAUGUCUCACCGCCCAACUGUGUGUGUUCCUUCUGAUUAAUCAUUCCGCGCUGAAAAUUUGCUUCAACAAGUCAGAAGCACUAUCCAGGUUUGCCCUCUGUGGGGUGGUGUCAUGUCAUCAGUACGGGAAUUUCUGCGUGCACUCCUCAGAUAUAAGCCAUUGAAAAAUGUUGGCUGGUUUCUCCGGCUCGAGGAGCGGGUGCUGUAUAUUUUCACAUCUCCAGAUUGUUAGGUAUUCUAGUCUUUUCAAAUGUUAUGGAUGAAAAACUGUAGCUCCUGUCGGACAACACUUUCUCUAAGCUCACUCUUGUCCUGACUGGAGGAAUAUAAAAAAAAGCAAUAGGGGCGUAAUAAAUUAUAGUGGUUGGAGUGAUCAACAAUGAAGGAUCCCGGUCAUUUAAAAGCCAUGUUAAUCACCAUCUUUUAGUGUCCUGAUUUAUGUAGCUGUUGAUUGUUGUAUCUUUAACUUCUGAGUUGCUGUGAACCAUUGAUUGGCCCUUUUGGAUCACUUCUGUAAUGCACUUUUCAUUCCUUUUGUGACUAUUGUUCACUUUUUGCUUGUUAUAUACAAAAAAACUGAUCCUAUAGCCUAUUCCAGGCUCUAAGAUAGUAAUGUGAAGUCUUGCAGUAAAAAGUGAUGAGAAAAACAGAUGUUGGCUGGGGAGAGUACCAUCUGAGAGGCUUGUUCAGGCUACUGACCCUAUUUUCUUUUUCCAAGCAACACUUAAAUGGAGCCCAGCUCUGUUAUGUCGGUUUACCUUGCCAAUACUGUUUAGGUGUUCUAAACUGGUUUACGUUUAAGGCCAAUACAGUUUAAGUGUUCUAAAUCUAAAUCUAAAUUUUAUUUGUAAGAGAAGAUAUGAGCUUCUGAUUGGGGCAAAGAUGACUGGCCGUUUAAAGCAAAUGUCCAUAGAGCAGGGUUUCACCGUAAAAUAAUGUCAUGAAGUACAGUGUAUGCGAGAUAUAAUUAAGAUGUGUGCAAUUGUUAAUGUUUUCAGUGCGGCAAGUCAGAAGGGACGAGAAAAAGUAUUAUGAAGAUUUACUUCAGUACAGUAAACAGCAUCUCAUGGUAAGUUGGUUGAAAAACACUCAUUUUGUUACCCCAUGCUAAAGUGCUUCAUCCUUCACUGUAUAUGUUAUGUUUGAUAUGGAUGGGUGGUUUAAUAUUCAUAACUUGAAUUAUCCAUAAGUUGUUGUUAUGUGACUUUUCUAGUCCAAGUGAAACCACUCAAAAUUUACUCUUGGUCAUCAUUCUUUAUUAUCACACACAUGAUGCUUAUUGGCAUUGCUGAUCCUAGCAGUAUGCAGUUCGCAGGUCAUAUAUGAACCUGGCUUGUACAUGGGGUAGCUUGCCACGAGGCCUUCACAGCUCAGUGGUUAGAGCAUCCCGACCAGUGUGCAGAAGGUCUAAGUUCAAUUUGCUGUUGGGGACUUGGAUAUUUCUCUUUGUCCUGCACUCGUGACAUGAUGAUCACAUCUUUUCUUGUAUCAUUUUAAUUUAUUUUUUUCAUUGACAGCUCUUCCCAUACCAUCUGUCAGAUGUCAUUGUCAAGGGCCUGAGGAUCACUCCAUUUUCUUAUUACUGCAGCAUUAUGGAGAACAUCAUGUCCAAUGAGAGGAGCUAUGACUCAUUACCCAACUUCACUGCAGCUGAUUGUGAGUCAAGGCUUCUUUCUCUCUUUCUAGAAAUUUAGGGGACAUUCAGUCAAAGCACUGCUGAACUAAUGAACCUCAAACAAAAUACACGCCAAAAACAGCCUGAACCUUUAGCAGGAGUAAAAAGAUAUUGUUGCUAGAUUGCAAAAGCUGAACCCCGGAGAGGCUAUUUCCUGUUGGGCUAUUUAAAGAAAAUGAACUUUUGAAUAUACGAAGCAUGUUUUGACAGGCACAUAAGCAUGUAAUUUAGAAUAAAAAAACUGUUUUAUACUCAAUUUUUUUUUAAACAAUACAUUCAUGAGUUCCCCACAGUUUUAACUUUGAUCUGAACUUCCAAGGAAAAUGAAAAUUGGUUUGAAAAAUCAGUUAAAGUUGCAAAAAUUGAGGGCGGUGUUGAGUCACAACAUUACAAAUGAAGUUGUCUUAUUCGGACCAAGAAUGUCUGAGACAAUAACAUUAUAGCACUCUGGCAUGUCAAUGCAUGUAGCAUCUUUAUUUGCAAACAAAAUGUACACGUUGCUGUAAAUUGAAAAAUUUAAGGCAACUUAACAAAACAAAACCAAUACUUUAUUGAUACACAUGUUACAGGUCAAAAUUAAAUUCAGGUCAACAUUUUUUAACCUGGGUCUUUUCUUAAUUUCCUUUGUCUGUUAGCCCUAAUUCAUGAAUAAUAAGGGCUAAGAGACAAAGGAAAUUGAGAUUCUUAGGCUAAAAAAUGUUAGCCUGAAUUUAAUUGUGACCUGUAACAUUGUAAGCAUUAAUUUUGCGUGGAGUUUAGACUGCAUUUCCUUCCAUUUACUGUAACAGGAACCCACAGUGAAAAAAGAUGAUUACAGUAGUAGUUCACUUAACAUGUGAUCAGCUCUUGCUUUUUUUCAGCUUGAAACUCUUUUGUAUGAUGUCUGAAGGGAUUCUGAAAGGUGCGCUUAAAGGGAGGUGGGGCGGGAAAAAAAGAAAAAGGAAGGGAGAAAGACCGACCCUUCUCUACCCAGUUUCCUCUCGAUCUUUUUGUGUUCGCACUUUCUUAAUUCUGUGGACCUGACUAUCUCAGAGCCUGGAACGGGCUAGGGGUAUUGGAAAUAAGAGAUGGCCUAUUCAGGAAUAUUUUUUUAUCUUGCAGGUUUGAGGCUGUUGGCAGUUGGUAGAAAUCAGUACAUUGAAUUGAUGAAUACCUGUAGAUCAUCAAAGGUAUGAAUUGAUAUAGAAUUAUAAAACAAAUAUUUAAUAAUAUUGCUCCUGGCUCCUUCUUUGCAGUUAAUAAUCUUGUACUUGAUGCCCAGUGAUGCAUGGUAGUGAAACUUAUAUACUUAGCAGGGUUUAACAGCCUACUUCCUCCUAGUCUCCCGUGCAGCCGUUUUUUGGAUGUCACGCAAUGCUCCCCCAGGGGAGCCUUGCGUGACAUCCAAAAAACGGCUGCAAGGGAGACUAACUUCCUUUUAAAGUGAGGAACUGUUACCAGCUGACUUAAGAGCACACACAAUCCUGCUUUUACAGAAUCUUGUCCAUAAUAGGCUUGUUUUUUUUUUAGAAAUUUUUCAGAAAGAAACCUGUAAGAGAUCUAUUACCAACUAAACCUGCAGUGCUGAAAGUCUUAGAACCUUGGUGGAUUGUACAGAUUGGUUAUGUGACAGAGGAUGACAUCAGGGUAAGUGAAAAAAGCCUCAGAAAAAGUCACCUGACAUUUUUUUCUUCUGCCGCUAAUGAUAAAGAAGUCAUUAGUUGUACUACAGGGCAUUUUUAGGUGAAGUAAAGGGCUUUCUUUUUUAGUUCCAAAAGUUUCUUUUUUCAUGUCACAACUGCUUGUCCAAAUUGACAACAACCAGCAGCUGGUUGAAAACAAAAUGAACUAAUUGAUUUCAAAAGAAUGUAAGUGAUAAUUUUACUAGAAAUAGCUGCUCUAUGAUCACCAAUUUAAUUUUCUGCAAGUGUGCUCUUGAAAAGUGAAUAAUGUAAUACAGGCUUAAAAAGAGGUUCUUGCUAAAUUGAUGCCCUUUUCCCAUAUUUCAACCCUCUUAGGUGUGAUGGACAUGUAUGUUUUGGUGCCUCAUACAAAGGGCUUAUUAGAGGCUUGGUGCCAAAACGAUUGAAGUGAUUUUAAAAUUUGCUUGCUACCUCACUCUUAACGUGUUGUUUGUUUUGAUAUAGAUGUGUUCCAAUGCUGAGCAUCAAGCAAUUGACUCUAUCAUUGACAAAGGACCAAUUGAAGCUGGGGCCAUGGACCUCAAGGUUGUACAAGGUAAUUACAAGCUGACCAGCUUUGUGACUUGAUCCUGAGUAGCCAGAGGGUCUGGUGUGUUUGAUCUGACCCCUUUGGCUUAGCAAACUCAAAUUAACAUUUUACCGCUCUACAUUCUCUUGUUUGAUUCCAGUACUUUAUAGGGGUUUAUUUUAGAAGUGAAUUGGGUUUGUUCAAAUUUUCUGAAAUGUUUUUCAUGGAAUGUUAUUGCACUGUCAUCACUCUGCAUGAGGCAUUCUAGUAAGUUUAAGUCUGUGUUUCAUUUAGUGUAAGAAGAGAAAAACUGAGUUUCGAAAUGUUCUGAAGGUGCGCACAUACAGAACCCAAAGCUGUGAAAAAUGGUAAACCUGUCAAGUUAGAAAAUCAUAGAACCUACGAACCAGGGUUGUCAGUUGAGCUUUUUUUAAUGUUACAGGAGAGGGUAGCUAAUUAAAAGAAAUGGUUAUGUACUGUCAUUUUUAUUCUGGAUUUGAUUUGAUAUGGCAAAAAUCAAUUUGCCAUGGCAGUUUCAGGACUUAUGUGACAGCCAGAGAAACACAACAUUUACACAAGGAACCCAGUUGCCUUAAAAGAGCCCCAAAUCUGACUCAUCCUUAAUCAUCUCAGUUGGUAACGUGCAUGGCGGGAGCAGGGGGUGAUGAGAAGGGAGAAGAGAGGAAGACUCUCUCCCUCGCUUUCCUCCUUCCCAUCAUACCCUGUGUAUCACUAGGGAGAGAUAGUGAGAGAUGACUGUGGACAAGUCAGGCCCAAGAUAGGGUUAUUCCAAGUUAACUUCCUUCUUUCAUGGUCCAGUUAUUUUAGUUUUAAACCUUGUAGUAAUAUUGUAGCAUUUUGCAGUUGUCAUUUCUUUAUUAACUGAAUACACCCAACGGUUAGCUGACAUGUGUUUGUUAACUAGUUUUUUCAUCGACAUUUCAAAGUAGUGGGUGAGGUUGAUGUUAUUGUUUUUGCAGGUUUAUACACCAAGGGCCUUAUUUACAUAAAUGUCCCAAUUGCUGAUGGUGAUUAUAUAGUAGGUGAGUAGGAUUAUAACAGUAAUAAUAAACAUCAUCAUCAUGACUAUUAUUAAAAAUAUUAUUAUUAUUAUUAUUAUUAUUAUUUUAAAAAAAACAGGAAAAAAUCAGUGUAGUUUUGUUUUGGUGGUGUCGUGAUGGCUGCGCCUUGUAACCAUAUUAGUCAUAUUUCUGAAGAAUGUGACUGAUUAAGAGCUAGGAAUCUUUUCCCUUACCAUCUUCAAUAUCUUAUCAAUCCUAUCUUAAGAACCUUUGUUGCUUCAAAGGUCAAGACCAGCUACUAAUGGCUGCAUUUGCAGAUAGCCCUGCAAUUCAAAUAGUCCUGCCAUUUAAAGACCAAAUUUUGGCAGACUGAUUUCAGGCAGAUUUGUCUAGCUAUAAAACAAGCUUUUGUUAACAACAAGAUCCAGACCAAUCCAGGAAGAGCUUGAAGUUCAAGAGAAAAAACUGCUUCUUGCAAACUAGUUGUGUAGUAUACCAGUUUCAUUUUGACUUGUGUGGUGCAAAAUAUGCAGGUUUUACACUGCUCAAGGCACUUACGCCAGCACCCAGAAGAGUCAUGUCAGUGUAAAGUUUCUGUCCCUGUCUUCAAUUAGAGAUCUGCCCUGAAUUGAGAUGUUGCAAAGGGGAGGUGUCACUGCUUUUGGCCUUUUCAAAUCUUAUUUCCAAAUAAAUGUAACCAAAACUAUGAGCAUUUUCUUUUUUGUUGCUUUUCAGUUCCUCCUCUAGAGAACUUUGUGAUGAACAGAGUUUUGGGAGAUUAUUUUGAAACCCUUAUGUACAAAAUAUUUGUUUCAAUAGAUGAAAACACAACCAUAGCAGAAGUAAGUUAAUAACCUGAUCAUCUGCGGUUCAUGUUACUGUUUUAUGUUUUGUGAUGUUUGGUUCCUCCUACUUUGUUUGUUGUUAAAGUUUUAUCAGACAUUGCAGUCAGAUUUUUAACUAAAAUAUAUGUUUGCUUCAUUUUUAGCUUGCAAAUGUUUUACAGAUAGAUUUACAGUUAGUUAAGGUACGUUUUUAUUCAGCACUGGCAAACUUGAUUUAAAUACUUUUUGAAGUAGCUGUCUAAUUAAAUCUUCAUAAUAUUGGAUAAUGUAUACUUAACGUUGUUUAGUCAUUGGUUCUUAUUAUCUUGUCUAUUUGUUUUACGAUAUUUUCUUUUCUUCACAGAAUGCGGUAUCUGUUUACAUUCGAUUAGGAUUUGCGCACAAGAAGGGUGCAGAAAUAGAUGAGUCAAAAUUACAUUCCUCAUGGACUUCGAAAAUCAACAGUUUAACCACUAAAAGGUACUCUAAACUUUUAACGAUGUUUACUAUGACAUCUUAACGGUAACUUCUCUUACUGGACAUUAUAUCAAGAACAACAAACUCUGAAAAGUGUUGGUUCUAGGGAAGGUGCAAGGAUAAAUCUAAAUGUCUUUUCAUUUUUCUCAAAGUAAUGAGCUUCUUUUCUCUAAAAACACUUCAUGCCGAUGCAAAUUGACUUGAAGUGCUGCCAACAGCAACACCAGUAUAAGUUUCCAAACACGUUUUUUAGUACACUUUUCAAAAGUCUAGUAAAUCACCAGUGUAUUAGUAAUAUGUUAACCUUUGAACAUUGAAAGUUACAACCUUAGCUUUGAAGUACUUUGCUUAGCUUUUGCAAAUUUCUCUUGUUUGACUGGGGCAAAUCCAAAGUUAGUCCCAGACCUGCUUGCAAAAAUGAUUUUUCUUGGUCCUCCCCUCUUAUCUCAGGAUCUGGAUCUGCAAACAAACGUUGUUAUUCAUUGUACUCUUGGUUGAACAAAACAACUUUAUCCCUGGCUUAAUUUUGAUUUUCCUCUACACUUAUCAUAUACAUGUACUGUCAUACAUAAUUAUAAUAUACAUGAAUAACAGAAAAUGAACAUUGAACAAGAUGUUUAAGAGAUAUAAUCUAAAAUGCUCUUCGAAUUGCAUGUAAUUAGCAUUUUAAAGAACAUUCUUCUUCUACGGAUUAGAAAAACAACAACAACAACGAUAAUAUCUUGUUGACGUAGGUCAGUCUAUGUUAGCUUAGAGCUGAUGUGGAACUACAAUAAACAUACCACUAUCUAAUUUAGUAAUUACAAAAAAUGAAGGGUAUAAAAAUCCAUUGGUAAGUUAAUCAAGCUAAAGCUCCAAUAAUAAUCUAAAAUUAUUCAAAAUUCCUAAAAUUCCUUUAAAAAAACCAAAAUCAUUGACAGUACCCAAAAAUAUCUAAAAUUGCUCAAAUCCUUAUUAGAAACAAGGGCAGAUUCAACGGAUAUAUAGAGAGAACGAAGUUCUUGAUCGUGACUUUUUUUCUGGGUCUUACUCUAACUACUGUUAAAUUAAUUCUCUCCCUGAGUAUCUUUGAAAGUGAAUAUACAAAAAUAGGAAAAUCUGUUUUCUGAUUAUGGUCGUUCACCUUUAUUUGCAAACACCAGGUAUGGAAGCAGAGAAGACUUGUUGACGCUCGAUCUUAAUAACCUCCCUGAGAAAUCAAAUUCAUCAACAUCAACCAUAUCAGUGAACGGCGCUGAAGAAACAAAUGGCGAAUUCGUUUCCAAUACACCAGGUAUGUCGCCUGAGCACACUAGGCUGAUUUAGCAACAGAACGGGAACGAUUGAAGAUUGAAGACGGCGCGCGCAAAUCAAACAACUGGCUUGACCAAUGGCAGAGCGGCAAAUUGAGCAUCAGAAGUCGUAUUUAGCCCUUUCCGCGCGCUUUCCCGUCGUCAACUGACGUUCCCGUCCUGUUGCUCAAUCAGCCCACUAAUGCUAGUAGGACAUCAGAUUUCUGUUUGAAGGCUGCAACUUAGUUAACAUAAAAAAAAAUAGCCGCAAGCUCAGCAAGCUGUCCAUUGGGGGAGAGUCGCGAGGAUUCACGUGAAAUGUGCGCGCCAAAGGAGACGCGAGUGCGACAGGCUCGCUUCGCUCGCAGGCUACCAAAAAACCUACGGUGACUAUCGAAUAUUUUAGCUAACUGUUACCGAGCUUACGUUUUUCAGAAACGAAGGGUAUUCAUCAAAAGAGCAACUAAGUUGAUUUAUUUCCAUCUUUCUAGUCAGUGAUCUAUCUAUCUAACCGUUUUACUUUGCGGUGCUUUGUGUUUGUUUGUUUGGAUUUUUUUUGUUCUAUCUAGACUUCGAGUAGUCCCCCAUUUUUCCUCAGGGAUAGUAGAGCGAGCGAAACGCGAGCGGGCGUGACAAUCACCCCACGCGAGACUACUCGUAGUCUAUGGUCUAUCGUGAUGUGUACUUUGAACACGCAUGGGAAACGUUACCCAAUCUACGUUACUUUCUCUCUUUCAAUUUCUCUUUUUUUAAAGCCAACCGUUACACGUUCUCUAUUGUUACCUCGCUGUAGUUAUAUGAAUAGAUAGGUGAGAGUAAAGCCAUUAUUUUAUUUUCUUCAUUUGAAAAAAGGCGGCAUGGUGUAUCCCACGGUGAGUUUAGUUUCAGAGAGGGGUGCAUCGUUAUUAGCGAGGAUAUUGUUCCUGUGGAAAUAGCUCUGGAUAGCAAUUAAGUACUUCACAGAUAACACGUUUGUUCCCCAAUCCAUCUAAAGUACGUUUUUCGGCAAUUUUGUAGUGCAUCUCUAGUCCCUCCUUCAACGCUGCUUCCAUUUCUUGAAUGCGUGCUGCUUUUUUAUAAAAGACAGCUUGUUCGGUCUUCACCAAGACUUUCCAUCGAUGAUUUUCCUCUAACUCUCUCUCGGCAAUGCUUCCUGCUUUCAGCAGCAAUUUUUCUCCUUUUUCAAAGUUACCGUUUUUGAUUUGGCAUUUUCCGUAGUUUUUUAGCAUUAAAAUGCUUUCCUUUUGGUCAUCUGUCUUUAGUUCUCUCAUCAUAUCAAAAGCCAUUUGAUAAUACGCAAGUGUUACAUCCAGAUAGCUUUCAGUUUCGUCAGAAGCGAAAAGAAAAUCUGCAAUAUCUUUGUAACACUGAGCCGUCAUUAAAUGGAGACCGAGUUGCGUCUCAAAGAUAUCCAGUGCUCGCUUGUAUUUGUCCAUCACGUCACCGUAUUUAUGGCAGCGUCUUGCGUACCUCCCAGCAAACAGUAGGGUUGCUGCAGUUUCAGGAUGAUCAGGAUAUUUUUCUUCGCAGAUGCGUAGUGCUGUUUUAUAUUCCUUGUUGGGUCCUUUGCCGUUCCCCUCGGAAAUGUAGCGGGCGUAACUUUGACGAUAGAAUACUUCUGACAACGCCUGAGUCUUAAACUCAUGUUUAUAUUCCGAAAAUAGCUGGUUGGCUUCCUUCAUGUAAUCACUGUAUUUUGAUUUCUCUCCUUUCUUCCUCAUUUCAUGUCCAAGAAGGCACAAAAGUUCAACUCUUUUCACAGGUUGCUGUAUUUCUGGCUCAGGUGACGUUAAUAAACUUUCCAAGAUCUGAAUGUAAAAGCUUGGUUGCAGGCACUUUUCCAAAUACAUACACUUUUGGAGGAAAUCGUCAAGAAAGGUCUCACAAAUUUCUACUGUGGCAUGCUCCUGGCUUUGUAUUCCUCGAAUGUAGACCUGAAGGAAGUGCUCAAAAUUAUGCCUUUCCUCGGUGAAAGAAUCGAUGGCUGCUUUGCAAGUGUCCUUGCUCCAAUACUGUUUAGCAUUGUUAUCAAUACGAGAAAUAAAAUGUGCGCAAGCCAAUUUUUCGCCUUCAGUCAAAAGGUUCGGAUAGAUCUCUCGACUAAACUUCCUUGAAAAUGCUUGAAUAAGUGAAUGAACUUGGUAUCUCUGAAAACUUGGCUUCUCUAAGAGAGAUCUGUCGAUGAGCUCGUAAAGAAUUAAAGAGGCCUGCUCCCCUUCGGUCGUCGAACAUUUUUUACGAAUUAAAAACUUUGCAGCCUCGUCAUUGAAUGAACCGGGAAAGCUGCUUAGCAGUAUUAGAGCUUGUUGCUCGCAUGUAUCAAGGGCUACCAUGGAGAUAUUUAUUGAUUUUUCAACAGAGGUUUCUUUCGUCGGUCUCCGAUUAAUUUGAAGAACCGCAGUGGGUUCUGUUUCAAGUUGCCUUACUAGUUCGUCUUCCGUGUAGACACCUUUUGAAAGCAAGGAGCCAGCAAUACGAAGUGCUAAAGGGACAAAACCACACAAUUUAGUCAAUUGUUCCGCUUUAGAAAGACAUUCCUUGAAAGAAUCAGUAUUGUUCAUCCGACUCCACAGUACCUGCUUUGCCUCUUCAGAUGGUAAGUGACCCAGCCUGACAAUCCUACUUUGUAUGAUACCUUCACCGAAUUCUCUUCGAGAGGUUAUAAUGAAAGUGAUUCUUUGUCUUGAAUAUGUCCUAAUAUCACUCAAGAACUUCAAAAAUUCCUCACACUCAUGAUCCACAACGUCGUCAGCGUUGUCGAGGACGAACGUAACGCUUGCCUUUAAUUGCUUACUCCAGGUGAAAAGCCAGUGUUGAGGAUUAUCUGGCGAGGUGUGAUUACUGCAUGCAAGAAGCAUUAGUGUUUCUACAUCGCGUGAUGUUUUCUUGGAUGUUAAAUCACAGAACAGAACUCUCCUCCCAUGUUCUUGCACGAGUUUGUAGGCUGCUUUGAUUGCAACAGUUGUCUUUCCAAAUCCUGGGCCCCCGGUUAUCACUACAGCGGCUUCUCGUCCACUUUGGAUAACUUCAAUGACUUCCUUGAUUUGUUUAUCUCGCCCGAAAACACUGACAACUUCGUCUGGAAGGUAACUGUCGGCAGGCUCGGACUCAGUUCGUGGUUCUGAAACCUGAAUGUUGGAAAGCCUUUCUUUCAUGAGUUGCUGUACAUCUCGUUCUACGUUCCCUAAUCGUCCGUUUAAUUCUAAUUUCCAUCGUUCAUUGGCUUCCCUCACCUUGUCAUAAGUGCAAUGAUUGAUGGGUUCAUUAUGUAGACGGUCUAUCUGUUUUUGGUCGAAACCCAAGUUUACUAAUGCCAAAGAAAUCUUGGUCCACAUGUCUUCAAAGGCAUCAUUAGGAAUGCCUGUGGAACAACUGUGGGAAAUUUCAUUUCGAAAACAUCUAAUACGGAUGAGAUUAGCUAACGCCGAUUGGUCACUCUCUUCAGGCAUUGUGUUCCAUUUAGAUCCGGCAUCCGUCGGAUCAAGAUAGAUUUCGCGUAUCAAGAAAUGCAAAAGCGUCAUGUCAAACGUUUCCGAUGUGGGACUACCAUCAGAUGGAAACAACUUUUUCCACUGGACAUCUCGAAUCAAUCCUCUCUUCUUUCCUUUCUCGAGCUUAUUUUUUUCUCUACUUAAUACUUGCGGAAGUGUUCCAGGUGGAUGAAACGAGUCGAAAUAAAUUCGCGAGACGUAUGUACCUCCGUCAAUCAGUAAUCGUAAUAUUUUUGUACCAUUCGCUUUUUCUUCCGAUCCUUCGAGUACAUUGGAACAGGCCAUUUGGAAUGAAUGACUGAAAAAAAGACGACGUUUGUUAUUGUCUUCGAAUUAAUUCCACGAAGUUCUUUGACUUGCAUUGGGUGGACACCUCCUCCAGACGAAUUGAAUCGUCACAGUAUGAGUUCAAAGAUCGUUGCUGUGUUUUUAGGCAAGAAGUUUUUAUUUUCUUCCCUUGAAUACAGAUGCGUUGUCUACUCGUUCGUUGAACCAACAAUCAAAUGUUUUGCAGGUCGAAACUUCGUCACCAAUAUCAAUGUGACUCCGUAGUGAUAAACAAAAUUCCAACGCCCUUAGCAAGAAUAGUUUUGGUCAAACUGUCAGGGUUGGUUAGCAACCAACAAAUAAAUAUAAUUCGGUCUAGCAGUUUUGAGUGAUGUCCAAAAACUCUUGCUGUGUUUUUGCUCUUUUUUUUCACUCUUUGUGGUUGUUUAGAUCUUGUUGGCAUUUAAACCACGUUUGAGUAAGCUCAUUCAUUUUGAAGACGUUUGACUUUCCACAAAUCAGCCAGUUUUCUAGAGUUUUCUCUAUUCUUUUCAAAUUCAUGAAUUAUAUUAACAUUUCCGGGAAUAACUACAGACUAAACAUUUCUUUCUGGGAAAUAGCUGUUGAUAUGAGUAGAUUAGCAUAUCAUUGUCCAAGCAAAACCGUUAGAAUAAAUUCCUUUAGCGGCUACAACCUGAAGGCAGAUAUUCGUUACUUUUAUUCGUUACUGACAUUUCGUGCCAGUCUGUCGAAGGCCUUACAAAAAUAAAAAAGACGCUAUUCGAGCGUAUAUUUGGACGUCGAUGUAUUAGGCGUGUGUGAAGUUUUUUUUAUGUGUAUUAGGGAUGUGUGAGUAGUGCAGUAGCACUGUAUACUUUAGGAGUUGGUCGAUGCGUGAAGUGGAAGGCGUGGAGUUAUAUUGGACGUGAAUUGGUAAGAUAAUGGCUGUAGUUUGUUAGUCAGUGAGACUGGUUUCUCGUAGAAUUUAAUAUGAAGUAACAAAAAAUAAUUAUUUGGGGAGGUAAAAGUGAUUUUAGGUGUUGCAGUGAGGUAGUUGUGGAAGUGCUAAUUUGGUUAUGAAGGGAUAGUGAAGUUCCAGUGUGUUGAAAUAAAGUGGUAAUUGUGAAAAGUCUUAGCGUAUGAAGAUCUUGAGGAGGGGUGGGGGGGGCGCUGAAAUUUUGUAUGUGUACUCGGAGGCUUUAAAAAAUUGGUGAGGUCAAGGGGAGGGCGUAAAAUUUGGCUAUAGAACUAAGGGCCUGAUUACAUGAACCGGGCUGGCUCGCUUUGCAGAGAUCCCCGCACCUUAGUUAAACGCAACAAAAAUCAACUUUGCAUUUAUAUGACAACCGAGCCAGCCAGCCUGUUUUGCUGGGAUCCCAGUAUUGUAAAGCUGGGAUCCCGGGUGGAAAUCCACACCGUGUGCUGCGGGGACGAUUAUUUUCCAAAGGAAAAUUUUAAAUUAUUUGAUAGUUUGUUUCACUUAAACUACCUUGUUUUUCCAAAAAGUUUGUUUUCUAUUGCCGAUUUGUUUGCCGUGCUUUAUCUGUGGGACGUAUGAAACGAAAAUAAAUGCUGUGUUGUGACACAGCGCGCGAAAGACAUUCGCGUCGUUUGGCUUGAUACGUUCGCACGUAUUGUGUGCCUAUUGCAACUUUGAAUCAAAACAAGCGAACUCAAUUACUCUAUUUGGGCGACGCCCAAAUAAUAAAUCAAUAAAAGCAUGACGUCGUAUGUCUUAGGGACGGGUGGAUCAUGCGAAAAAGGAAAAAACCGAUCAUCAGAUAGCAAACGUAACAUUGUCAUGCAGGAUAAGCCCUCUUGGUAAGCUCUUGGUUCUGUUAUUAUUGUCAGCCGUUUUAUAAAGUUGGAAUUUAUUUAGAGCAACCAAAAGUUUGGCAGUCACUGUUGCUGCUAUUGAAUUAAAGUGCUUCAAGAGAUUCGGAAAACGUUUGCUUUAUUGCUGACGAAAGUUGGUUCCUUAUUAAGAUAUAUGUAAAACUUGAAUUUACACUGUUUCGAUGGGAAAUGGUGCUUGUAAUUAACACGAGCUUGUUGAAGUUUUCUUUUGAUAUCCAGACUACGAGUAGUCCAAUAUUUUUUGUCGGGGAUAGUGGAGCGAAGAGAAGAGAGGCGCAUUCAAGGGAGACCGUAGCCUGCGAGCAAGCGCUCCAUUUCGAGUUGUGAGCGAAGCGAGCCGCGCUAGAACUAGGCUCAGUCUCCAACCGUAGGAGUCUUGAUGCGUCCGCGAUUCCGUCGGAGCCUACGCCCGAACGCGCGAGCGAGUUUCCCGACCCUCACUCUCCGCGCGUCUCCUUUAGCUUGCCGCUCGCGCUUGACCUCUCAUGACAUCUCCUACAACUACAGACUAAACAUUUCUUUUUUAGGAAGUAUCUCUAUACAUUUAUUUGCAGAGCUGGUAACAUCUGAAAUAACUUAGAUGUUAAUUUAAAAGCCUGCUCCUUGGUCAGAGGUUUUAAAAACUUAAUGAAGGAUCGUUUACUAUCUCGACAGUAAUCUUAGUUUGAUAUAAUUUAAUAAAUUUUUAGUAGUUCAUGUAGAUAGUGACUGGAGAGUUACUAUUAAUGUUAUCUAUCUAUCUUUCCCCGAGAGGGAGAGCGUUCUCGUGGCACGCCCGUAUUUUUCGCUCUUACCUGCUUUUCUCGUGAUCUGUAAGGGUCUGCGGAGUAGGAUUCGACGGUCUGUUACACGAUCAAAAAGGAGGAAAACAAUCUUUUUGUUGUUUUUUUUUUUUGCCACUCAAAGAUACAAGGUUCGUACAGAGUCUGCAAUUGUUCAAUGGAAAGGAAAAACCAAACCAGUUUUCCAGACUUGCGAAAAUAGUAAUUUAAUUUUCAUAGCUAUGCUGCACCUCUAUUGCACACGCCUAGGACACUAAGAUAUGGGUGAAAAUAAUUUCCGCAUCUGCGAAGAAGUGCAGUAGAUGCAGGACUUCGUCGCUGAAGGGAAGAAAGAAGGGGCAAAAAAACGAAAAUUUGAAAUUGACCUCUUGGGGCAUGAAAGCUUACGAAAGCGAUCUGAUUACGGCAUAGCUUAAGAAUACUACGCUCAAUACUCAGGGGUGAUUCGAAAGUCCCUAGACGGAAACGUUAAUUAACGCUGCGCGCGAGUCCAUUUCGGCGCAAAUAUGUCAAUGAAAAUAAUAGAUUUUCUUUUCAUGCUUGCAACAAGUGCUUAAUUGUUAAGUGAUUUUUUUUUUCCAGUAGCCUAAUAGUUUUAAAUCUUUCCUUAAUCUGUAGCCAAUGCAUUCGAUCGCAGAAGAAAAGUUUCAGAACUCUCUUAUGAGCGCAUUGCACUGUGGUCACUUUACGUUUGCGUUGCCUCGUGGAAAAAGUUUGGUUCCCGGGUUUUUCAAGGUUUCUAUCAAUUGCUUAUUUGAUAACCUUGUGUCUGAAAAAAAAGAAAUUAUUGUUUUGGAAAAAAGUCGUAGAAAACGUCUUGAAUUUCAGCUGCAUUCCGAAAUCUGUACGAUCUAACAUGGCCGCUUCAAGUAAAAUACACAAAUGUUACGUUUUCGUUGUUUCUGCCUUCCUAACGGAAGUAAGGGACAGCUUGUCUUUCACACUCAUUUAUUGAUUACUCGCUUUAUCGUACCAGCUGCAAUAAACCUAAAGUAGUUUCGUAAUAUACAAUAGCCAGUUAUAGUUUUUCUCAGUUUUUCCUUAAGGUCCCGUUAUAACUUGAACCUAAUAUGUAUUGUUUUUUGGCUUGUUGUAUUAUAUUUUCAGCCGAGAGUUUAUCAGGGGGAGCCUCAAAGAGAAUAGCAUUUCUAUUUGACUCCACACUGACGGCAUUUCUUAUGAUGGGAAACCUUUCGCAGGUACGUAACAGAGUGAAUGAAGACGGACAAUUUUGUAGUGCAGUCGGUUAAUUUCGCCUUGUAACACGAUUAAGCUGUUACUGUAGUGGUCCUUGCAUCAGGUUACAUACAAGUAAUUAGCGUAAACUUGUCAUAUAGAGUGUUUUCACAUGACGUCACGGCGGCCAUAUUGGUGUCCCAAAACAAUGAAACGGCGGCCAUGUUGGUAUCCUGUGGAAGUUGAACUCUUUUCUUAUGCAAACGCUCUCUUUUGUUCCAAUAAAUUUGCAUAGAUGCUAGCCACGUGAGUGAAAACGCUCUAUAGAGUUUUGUUGAUUAGCCUCUCUUUAAACAUAUCAGAAGGCUCGAAGAAUCCGUCUUCCAACUACCAUCCUUAACGUUUCACAGAAAGGCCAUUCCGAUGCUUUGGACUUGAAGAAGAGUAGUGCCCUAAGCAAACAUUGAGAAAAAAGAAUCAGAACCUUCGAGAAUUGUUUGUCUUUACAACAGUUUACCCAUAGAAAAAAAGAGGUAACGAGAACAUGUUUGCUUUUAGGGUCUUAAGAGCCAUGCUGUCACAAUGUUUGAAGUUGGAAAGCUUACUGAUGAGUCACUAGACAGCUUCCUUGGCGAGCUUGAAAAGGCAAGUAAAUAUUUUGUUAUUUGUUCAGUCACACUUAGCACUUGUUGAUACAGUUCUUUCUGCUCUGCUGGAAAACGUCGAUGCUAUCCUUUUAACGAUGCUUCUGUUAUUAGUCAGACGACCAAUAACAUCGUGACUUACGUAAUUGACCAAUCUUGAGGCUAAUAACCAGUGUUAACUGAGGAAUACCAUCAACUGACGUGAUACAACUCACUUUGACCCUGAAGAUCUGAAGAUGACUAACGCACAGGUUGUCGAAACGUCAGUCACUAUCAACAACAGUUCUAUUCAGAACUAAAUUCACCCGGACGAUCAUACUCAACCUACUUAUGAAAUGACUCGUGCGUUAAAAUAGUGUCUCAGUGUUUUGUCAUUUGUUCUUAAUUUAUUUUAGGUAGAUAGUGUUGCAGAGGGGGAAGCACAGAGAUAUUUUGAUCACGCCAUAACCCUGAGAGACACUAUUUUGUUCUUGAGGUACAACAAAGAUCUUGGCAAAGAGCCAAAUCAGGUCCCUGCUAAGGGAUUAGGUAAGUCGCUUUGCUAUUGGCCGAGAAAUAACGCGCCAUUUUGUCUACCAAUCAGAAGUAAAAGGGAAGUUAAUUGUGGCUUGCUCCCUUGCAUUUUCCCGCGCCCGGCGCCGGCUACUUCUUUCGAGAUCUGAUUGGCUCAUUUCAUUUUCCGCGUGCAUAUGUCUGCAUAAUUUACGAAAAGACAGAAGGCAAUUCCCUGGAGAACAUUGCGUGGUCUGAAUUGGGAAAACAAACAUACAAGCUAAAAAGGUCUAUCACAUCAAUUAGUUUUGAUCAACUUUUAACACUCCCAGUAAAAUCACCUUCUGUGAAUCUAACUUAAGCACUUCAGGGUUCGCCAGCUGAACAUCGCUAGCACUUACAGUACAGGGCUUAAAUAAUUUAUACUACUACAUGAGAAAUUUCUGCAAUUUGAUUGGCUGAGAGCAGUGUUAUUUCAGCUUAAUUUGAAAAACCCGCAUGUGAAAAUUACAAACCUUUUGAGGGUAGUAGUAUAAACGAAUAAUAGCAUGAUUUGUAUGUGAUAUUUGGCAUAAAUACCACUCGUGAUAUGUCAAAAUUGUCUCAAAUUUCACUCGCUUAACGGCUCGUGAAAUUUCGUAUAACAAUUUUGAAAUAUCACUCGUGGUAUUUAUGCCAAAUAUCACUACAAAUCAUGCUAUUACCUAUACUAAUAACCAUUGCUGUUUAACAAAGUCAUCUUUGAAAUCGCAACUCGUUGUUUCAAUGAUUAAAAAAUAACUGCAAACUCUGUUCGCGAUCAUUACUUCUCAUUACUUCUACAUAUAUUAUAAUAAUAUCAGUAAGUUGACUUAAGGAUUUAGACGAUUAGCUUUUUUGUGGCUGAAUUUUAACGGGCUGCGAGCGUCCGCCUUAUCUAGACUAAAAGAAAUUUGAAAAAGGACAGCACGGGGCCUACUCUAUGUUCCCGUUUUAUAGAGGAGUCCGUUAAAAAAAGUUGAAUGUACUUAUAUGAAAGUGAAUCUUAUUCUUAGAUGCAUCGGGACAAUUUUUUAAUACUUUUGGUAUAUUUUUUGCUAUUUGAACAGAUUUGUUGCGAUGUGAAAGUCUCAAUAGUUUAGAUUCUGCUGCCUGUGGUAGAGUUUUACAAAAGAAUUACAGGUAACUGUCAAAACUACUUUGUACAUGUACUUCUUGAACUCACUUGCAUACAAAAUCGACCAUGAUAUUUCUAGAAAUUUGAGAUAAUAAAUUACCGAAAAAAUAAUUAUUUUGACAACUUUUUUUUUCUCUUCUUUCGAUGACUCUUUUUUCGUUCUAACGAUUUCUAAUCUGCACGUGCGCUUAAAAAACAUGACACAAUUCUUCUAGCACGUAGGGAAACUGUUCUAACAAACCCGAUUUUAAGCCUGAGGUUGUACAGUUUCGCAAAAGUUAAGGGAGCAGUGUCACGAAAUUCAGCCAAAUUAGGUAAUUACAAAAUGCCCGUUAAAUUAAGAGAAACGUUAAAAUGACCGCUUAAAAUAUUAUAAAGGAAGGUUAAAAUAACAUAACAGAUACAACAGAUGCCACGGAUGGGCAAAACUGAAGAAGAUUGUAACGUAUUGAAAUUAGGGUUUUUGAAAACUGUUCAGCCUAACAGUUUUUCAAAGUUGAUCUCUGCUGUUUGCAACUUAAAAAAAUAAUGUUCAGGAGACAUAUUUGUUUGUGUCGACUCGAAUCUCUGAUUUUGUCAUUUCCAUGUAAUUUCUUUGCUUACUUUAAGUUCCAUAGAAAUUUAGGGCGAGUAAUUGGCAAAAUUAAACUAAAUGAACUGGACUGCCGUGACACAGCUCCUUUAAAACUUUAUCAUUCUAGGGACUCAGAUCGGGGGUUUGUAAGCGGAAUAAAAGGGUCCAGGCAAGCUCAGGAUACCGAAAUGUACAUCAUUUCACUAGUGGAAAAAUUUCAAAACGCGAACUUAUUGGAAACCAGAACGCACCAAAAUAAGUACAUAUGAAAAGAUGCAUAUUGAUUGGCCUAUAAAUGGAAGGGGGAUCAGGGAUUUAAAACCAUGAUUCUAGGUAGGUGUACAAAAGGAAAUAACACACAAACCUUUGACGGUUUUUCGUAAGGUUUGGAUUUAGAAAAAGGAAGGUAUUUUUAUCUUGAUAGCGUGUGUGUUAUCGUCUGUUUGACGAUGAAAUCGAUUUUUUUUUGCUGUUACUCUCAAUAAGUCGAUGAGGCUGAUCACUGAUCAUCGUUUGCCUUUGUCCUUAUUUUCCAGUUUAUUAGUGUCCAUGGCCCCUCUUAGUCAUGAGAUUCGCCCAGUGACCAGCUGUUGUCCACCACACUUUGGUCCAGCGGUACCUGAGGUAAACUCAGUAUGGUUCAAACUCUUCAUUUAUGAUCAAGUGAAAAGUGGCCCUCCUUCGCUUCUAUUGGUCAAGGGGACACGACUAAGAUGGCUUCCCAAGAUAUUCGAGGUAACAGCAGUUUUUGAGCAAAAAAUUUACCUUGGUUUGCAGAAAGCUGUAACAGAUUUUGUUCCACUAAGCUUUUAAGGUUUUUUGGGAGAGUACACAACUAUUCAUUUAAUUACUUAAACAGGGCAAUUAUGAGUCUUGGUCCAUAGAGUGACUUUAUUUAACCAGUGAAACGGAGACUAACUGUUAAUUCCAAAUAACUACAAGUACCCAAAAGAAUGCAACAGAAUUAGUAGUAGUCCACUAUGCAUCUCAUGGUUUAAGUAAAAUUACUCUGCUAGAAAAGCCCCAUACAAUCUACAUUAGGUGUAUAAUCUAGAAGAAGUUUCAGAGGGCGAGAGGCAUAUUCAAGGACACAAACUUUGGGAGUUUGAGCCAGUACAAAUAGACCAUUCUUGAAUAUGAAAAAAAAAAGACCCAAAUAUUCAAACCAAUAUGACACAGGAAUCAAGUAUAGCUUAAUUAUCCUGUCGCGGUAGGAUAUAUCCACUGUACCAGCUUAUAAAGGUGACGACGGUAACGAAAACUUCAAAAAAUAGAAACAAAAUGUUUCAUGGGAAAAACAACAACUCUACACGUUCAUCAUACUAUUUGCGACAUUUUUUCCCGUCCUUUGCUCAACCACAACGUAAUUCUAAUACUUAGACCUUGAACUCGUUGCAGCGACGCAAUUAUCACAACUCGCUUCCGUGGUAAAAUUGUGUUCACUCUCGUCGACGCUGUGGUUACUUAAAGAUCCUUUUUUGCUCUUUUAGUCGACUGCGUUGCCGAGAGGGCUUUUUUCAUUUCUCACGAGUUAUUCUGUGUUCGUCUUGUUUGUAGGAUUAUGAAAGGCUAAUGAUAACAACUUGGGGACACGACCCCGGGAUUGUUCCAGUUUCAAACGUUCUGUUGGCGCUAAAUGAUGCUUUGUCGCACUCUGCAGUACUUGUGCAGGUGAGCUUAGAACCGAUCUCCAUGGAAACAGAAGGGCUUUUACCAAGUGCUGGCUGUAUUACUCCUUUUUAAACCAAAAUACAGAAGGAGCUGAGUUGUAGAGAAAGAACAAUCCUCAUUUCCGGUCAUCGCCUCUCUCGAACAGAAAAGAAACUUUUCGGCUUGACAGAAGCAACGACCGGAAAUACGUCAGCGUUCUCCUACCACCGAAAUCACCGCAUUCUGGCUUGCUCGAUUUGUCGUUGUGCUCUUCUCUUUCAAACGCCUACCGCCUACCUACCGUUGUGACCUCUCCCUCAUCUUGACGUACUCUUCUGGAAUCAUUUCAGACCAUCAACCGAUUACCUAAAACAUAGCUAAAAGGGGCAUUACUACUAAUGAUUUGCGAAAUAUUUCACACUUUGAUUGUUUUUGUUUUUUUGUUGUCACAGGCUCAUGGAGUUCACACCGAGGGUGAAGUGGUGUAUGUACCUUUCCCUUUGGAUUGUAAAUACGGUGAGGGCAGGAAAUAUAUGUGAAUAAUCACAAAUAAUGCAGUGAUAGAAGACAAAGAGUUUGCCCAGUUUUAUUAGUGACCUUAAGAUCUGACAAUGGCGACGGUAGCCUGCGCUGCGGACGAAACUAAACUCUGUUUAAGUCCGUCUACGAAACAGCCCCGAAAGCCUUGUUCUGGGCCCCACCUGUGUACCAGGAUUUGAGUACGUGCCAUGAUUGGCUUGUUAAAAAAUACCAUUGUCAAUUUGCCAAUCAGGAUGAAAGGAAAUUCGAAACGUACUUCCAGUAAUUCGUUGAGUCCCUUGGGGGCUCAGAACAAGUAGGUAGGUAGGUAGGUAGGUAGGUAGGUAACCGAGGUUAAAUUACGUCUGUGACGCAGGCUAUGGCGACGGCAGCGAAAACGUCAAAAAGCAACUCACCAUUUUCACAUAGACCAUAAUUCACCUUGUUUACCCCCAAAAAAAUUUUGCAUAACUAUCGUUUUUUAUUUCUCUUGAGACGACUGUUAUACCUAGCAGAAAUUGGAAACAAUUUUUAUGCAAAAUUCUGGGGGGUAAACAAGGAGCAUUAUGGUCUAUGUAAAAGUAGUGAAUAGGUUUACUGAGCAAACUAACAACACUGCACGACUACGACUUGAAAAUGUCUAUUUCACGUUUUAUGGAGGACAUAAACAAGUGACGACGAUUUUUUUUUUCUCCCUCUGAACUUGGAUAUGGUUCAUGGGUAUUUAACCCCAGGGGAGUUCGUCUGCAUUUGGCAAAUUAAGUGAGUUGGAAUUAUCGCGAUAACGAUUGAAAAGCCGCGAAUUCUCUUUUUAAGCGGCUUUUUCCCCACCGUUGCCGUCGUCGGAUCCGGCUUAAGGUUCCUAUUAUCACAACCAGUAAUGGCGAAUUUACUUUCAACAGGCCAGCCGUUUUCUGAGGAAAAUAUGGAGGCACAUCCCACAAUUCAGAAGCUAGCGAAAUGCAUCGACCUUGAACAUACCUGUGGCUUUAUUACUAUGCUCAAACCCUCGAUCAAGAAGCAGGCGGCGAAUGCGCGCCGAAGAACCAUCUCGGCAAACUUCGGGAUGCCAUCGCCUGCUCAGUCCAAUCCUCAGUCGCUGUCGCCCCUUAUCGUCAUUAACGAUACAGAUAGCAGUACAGACUCGGCGAGCGAAGAGCAGAACGAAGAAGACGGAGCCGAUCCGUUGUCGUACAGUUCUGUUGAUGAUAUGGUAGUGGUUGGAAAGGAGAAGACGAAGGAAGCCGGAGAUGAAAGCGCUGGCAAAUGGCUGCCAUUAGAUCUCUGUUACGGCUUGCCGUUAUUUGAUGGCGAUCUGAGCAAACAAGUUUAUCAAAAGGUAUCUUUCACGUGACUUUGAUGUCAUAUUUCACAUUUUCUCAGUACCGUCAACUGCCGCUUAUAGCCCCCCUUCCCCAGCCCACCCCACUUAUAGGCCCAUCAAUCUGUAAACAAAACAUACAUCCGUUUAUAAGUCCCCACCCCCGCCCCCCGAGUAUAAGUCCCCCUCUGAAUAUGAUUAUGUUAUUGUGACGUUUUGAGGCUUUUAAACUUAAAAACCAGUAAAUACAAAAAGUAUUUUAAUCAGCACUGUUACAACUUUUUUCUAUUCCGUUUAUAAGCCCCCCGGGAUAUAUACCCCUCCGUUUACAAGCCCUCCUCCUAAAACCCCAUAAGAAAGAUCUAUAAGCCUCGGGCAGUUUACGGUAUUUCAUUUUCCUCAGUGACUUUGCUAAGACAUCAAUCCCUUUCUUUUGUUUUUGUUAGAUUUCCACAAAGGGAUUAUGUCAUGAUGAAAGGUAUCUUUUUGAUAUGCAUUUUUUCCUGUUCAUAUUUUUCUUCUCUUGAAAUCAGAAUUUGACGAAUACUUGAUAACUUUUUGUCAUCUUCAUUUUUUACGUAGCUUGAAUUCCCUUGUUCACUCAAGCCGAAAACUUACUCUACGACUUCUGGAUUUUAUUUCUAAACAUCAGGUAACAUUUACAAUCCUCCCUUGGGAAUACGUAACAAUCUUUCUGUUAGGUAACCUGCCAUUUCACAUCGCUGAUGAACGUCGAGCGAUUCGAGCGAAAUAUUCGAUUUUGUAUUUCCGCAGUUCACAUCAUUUUCAUUCUGUUUCCGCAUUCCUUUCACGGUUAAGAGAACUCAAUAAAUUGGCCUGCUCCCAAUAUAUGGGUCUUCAUAGCUCAGUUAGUAGAGCACUGCAGCGUUGACGCAGAGUCCAUGGGCUCGAAUCUCGUCGAAGUCCAGAAAUUUUUUCUGGUUAAUUUGGAAUUGCUUAAAUUGCAAUUACCGUUGCGACGAUCAUAUCUUCAUUUAAAAUACUCGAUUUUGUUUGGAAUUUUGCCGUGAGUCUUUAAAGACUCUUGAAAUUUGUAUACUGAAAAAAAUAUUUUUUCUUUCAUUUCCCCUCGGACCCUACCCCCACCUCCUUAGUUGUUUAUGUUUGUCAACACACUGUUUUCAGGGCGUACAUGUAGAAUAUCUUUAACUUUAUUUCAGUCUGUAGUUUAUUUUUGUCCUCUCUCGUUCAUCUAGUAUACCAUAUUUAUUUUUCAAGGUUAAUCCCUUUUUUGAACACGUAACGUUGAAUUUCGGGGGAUGUAACACAAAACGUGCGUAACACUCAACAAAAAAAAACUUCAUCCAGGUGUUGAUUUCGUUCGCGUACCCUUUUUUUUCAGGACGCCACUCUCUUUCAAGAAUCUACAAACGAAUUGAACUCAUUCUCGCCUCAGGGGCUUGGUUCCUCAGCCUCCGUUAUUCCAUAUCCAACACAUAACCUUUGCUUUAAUAAUGGUACGCUUGGGGUCUGGGACGGCAGGUGACAGCAACUCGUGACUUAACACUACUAACGUUUGAGCAGCGACUAUGAAAUUUGAUCUUAGUCGUACCUCUUUCAAAGGUUCUAAUUUGAACUAAACCAAUUAACAAAACGAGCGAGGAAAAAAAGCGGUUUUCAGGCCUUUGAUUUGAAAUUUCGUCCUCCAUCUUAAUUAGUACCCACAAAAAUUCUCUAUUGAAAUGAAGUAAACUGGUAAAUAGCCUUCCACGCAGAUGUGCGUUUUUCUCGUGACGCAAGUCUGUGUAGGAGGAUAACCGGUAAAAUGCAGAAACGACUUCUUGAUUUAGAAUAUUCCUACUUGAGAAAUGAAGUGAUUGCUUCAUAGGUUGCGUUGAAAAGGGUCGAGGCAAAGUAAAACUUUUGGAAAUCAAGUCUUGAUUUCAUCAGUUAAAAAGCAUAUCAGCGUACGCACCGGUUAUAUGAUUUGUUUGGUUAUCCGGUUUGGUUUUUUUUCACUCAUCUCUGGUAAACUGUAAACAUAACAAUCUACGUUGUCAUGGCAACGAACUCGGGAGUUGCUAGUCUUCCUUUGGACCCAGGUCGCCCUCUUCAACCCAAUAGAGUUCAGGAGAAUUUCAGUUUCGUGGUUUUACAAUCGCCAAAUGACGUAACACAAAAGAUGCCCAUGCCAGACAGUAGUAGAAAACUAAGAAUAAUUCCCGCGACAAUAGUUCGUCUCUUUUUCAGUUGUUUGCGCCCAUUGGCUGUUUUCAGAUCGCGUGGCAGCAAAAAAAUGAAACACUUCGUCAAUUGGUCAUUUCCGAGUUCUAACAAUCUUCACUUUCAAACUUAGGCAAAUUGGAAAACAUUUUAUGUGAAAAUGAUUUUGAUUUUUCAUAUCAAAGACUUCGAGCUGUCCCUCGGUUUGAAAAAGAAGGAAGAAGUAACUCUAUUGUUUCUGGCCUGAAAGCGUUUCUUCCAAAGGUCAUGAAAACGGUGGGGAUUUUUGACAAAAGACUAAAUAGAAAUUACAAGGAAUAUCGUUGUUAUAAAUUAAAGGUCAUGUAAAUAAGGUAGUAAUUUAUUUUUACUCUCUUGAAAUAUACAACCAAUACUUAUCAUUUUGAAGUAAGAAAUUGUAUACGGUUUAAGAAAAUUGAAAUAAAAACUCUGGGAUUUGUUGUAUUUAAUACAAGUUUUAUCGCUUUGUCUCGGUUACAAAUUUUAAAAUAAAUACCUUUACAUAAAAAUAAAUUUUGAUCGUGAAUUUUGGAUGGUCUUGUUGAAGACUGGGUGUUGUUAAAUUUUUGCACAGUCAUGAAAAUAUGGUUUAAAUUGUCGUCCUCUUUGGUAAAUUGUAAUAUUUUACGAAAGUAGAAAAUUUGUCGUAUAAAUAAAUAUGUAAUUUUGUGGCGAUACCUUUGUACAAUUUAUUCCAAAAUAAAUCCUCCAGUUUAUUUUUUAAUCUCUGAUGA